AUGAUAUUAACAGGCCCCCAGAUUGGUAGUAAUGUUACUGCCAGGGAUAUAAGUAAAGAGUCUGGGAAACAGAAGGCAGGAGCCAAUUCCCCGACCUACCUGUGCUCCACUGUUCCUGGAGGGGGAGCCCUUUCCCCGACUUACCUGUGCUCCACUGUUCCUGGAGGGGGAGCCAAUUCCCCGACCUACCUGUGCUCCACUGUUCCUAGAGGGGGAGCCCUUUCCCUGACUUACCUGUACUCCACUGUUCCUGGAGGAGGAGCCAAUUCCCCGACCUACCUGUGCUCCACUGUUCCUGGAGGGGGAGCCCUUUCCCCGACUUACCUGUGCUCCACUGUUCCUGGAGGAGGAGCCAAUUCCCCGACCUACCUGUGCUCCACUGUUCCUGGAGGGGGAGCACUUUCCCCGACUUACCUGUGCUCCACUGUUCCUGGAGGGGGAGCCCUUUCCCCGACUUACCUGUACUCCACUGUUUCUGGAGGGGGAGCCCUUUCCCCAACUUACCUGUACUCCACUGUUCCUGGAGGGGGAGUCAAUUCCCCGACCUACCUGUGCUCCACUGUUCCUGGAGGGGGAGCCCUUUCCCCGACCUACCUGUACUCCACUGUUCCUGGAGGGGGAGCCAAUUCCCCGACUUACCUGUGUUCCACUGUUCCUGGAGGGGGAGCCAAUUCCCCGACCUACCUGUGCUCCACUGUUCCUGGAGGGGGAGCCCUUUCCCCGACUUACCUGUACUCCACUCUUCCUGGACGGGGAGCCCUUUCCCCGACCUACCUGUGCUCCACUGUUCCUGGAGGGGGAGCCCUUUCCCUGACUUACCUGUACUCCACUGUUCCUGGAGGGGGAGCCAAUUCCCCAACUUUUCUGUGCCCUACUGUUCCUGGAGGGGGAGCCAAUACCCUGACGUGCCUGUGCUCCACUGUUCCUGGAGGGGGAGCCAUUUCCUCAACUUACCUGUGCCCUACUGUUCCUGGAGGGGGAGCACUUUCCCCGACUUACCUGUGCUCCACUGUUCCUGGAGGGGGAGCCAAUUCCCCGACCUACCUGUGCUCCACUGUUCCUGGAGGGGGAGCCCUUUCCCCGACUUACCUGUGCUCCACUGUUCCUGGAGGGGGAGCCCUUUCCCUGACUUACCUGUACUCCACUGUUCCUGGAGGGGGAGCCCUUUCCCCGACCUACCUGUACUCCACUGUUCCUGGAGGGGGAGCCCUUUCCCUGACGUGCCUGUGCUCCACUGUUCCUGGAGGGGGAGCCAUUUCCUCAACUUACCUGUGCCCUACUGUUCCUGAAGGGGGAGACAGUUCCCCAACCUACAUGUGCUACCCAGUCACAGGAUUAUCAAGAGAGGUGAUCAUUCCCAGCCGGCGGAAGAAUGCCUUCAGUUAUGCGCGCUCCCAUCCAUUCCAGUGA